AUGUUUCGAUCACCUAGUAAAGCUCAAUCAGAUCCGAAUCUGUCAAAAGACGACGAAGUAGUUAAUGUGACCCAAAGAAAAAGAAAACAACCUGAAUGCGAGUUGACUCUAGCUAUCUCAGCAUUAUCUGAUGAGGUGAAGAAAAGCCUAAAUGACUUGCGCGUCGACAUAAACUCUCAAUUUUCGGGUAUCAAAGACAGCAUAAAUACUCUUAGGAGCGACUUGAAUGCAAUAUCAUCUGACUUCUCGCAGAUGCUUAGCGAUGUGAAGGCUCUGCGCCUUGAUUGUGAUGCUGCUAAAACGGAUGUAACGGAGCUAAAAUCUAAAUAUUCGGAGUUGUCUCGGGAAGUAUCAGAGUUGAAGUCUACAGUGAACUUUAAUGCUGAAAACAAUAUUGAUGGUGCGAAGCGUAUUGCGGAUAUGGAGUUAAAAAUUAAGGACUCGGGAGCUGCUGCCAUAUCCUUACUAGAAGGUAAAAUUGACAAGUUGGAGCAACAGGCGCGUCAAUGUAACAUAGAGAUAUGUAACGUGCCUGAAAAGCGUGGUGAAAACCUAUCCACCGUAUUAGAGUCCAUAGCAUCUGCAAUUAAUAUGACGCUUUCUCAGCGUGACAUAAUUGCGAUACAUCGCGUCCCCCAUGCUCAUUCAAAGAACACAAGACCUAAGAAUAUAAUAGUAAAGUUUGCAACUCGACUACUACGAGAUAACAUGCUAAGUGCGUAUCGGCUGUCGAGAGGGCUUACAUCUGACCGCAUUGGCAUAUCUGGUACUCCAAUCCGCGUCUACGUGAAUGAACACUUGACUCUUCGCAACAAGGAUUUAUUUCGAAAAUGUCGCGAAGCUGCUCAAGCAAAUAAGUUUAAGUACGUGUGGAUACGGAACGCUACCAUAUUGGUCAAGGAAAUGGAUGACUCUGCUACGUUUGCUAUUCAUACUGAAUCUGACAUAUCUACUAAAAUUAAUGCAAAUAAGUAUCGUACCGAAACUGUUACGAAAACUUAA